CAGAUAGGCGUACAGAGGAUAGUAACGAUCUUUCAUUCGAACCCAACGGAUCAAACGACGACGAUGACAACGAACCGAUCGACCAGACUUCUGGUCUUACUUGUGCUUACAGCCCUAGUGGCAAACCACCAGGCAAGAGGAGCCGCCGCCGUCCUCAAGUGCGGUGGCAAGUCGGCUGUCUGCGUGGGACCUCUCACCUACCAGAUCUGCGUGGACGAUCUGACCACGGGCGCCGUCAUUGCCUGCCAGACGAGCACCCGUUGCGUCACCGAUGGCAUCGAGAUUUGCGAGCCCAUCAAGUCGGACGCAGAGGCACCCACGGCGGCUGUUGCGAAGAUGGUGACGAUCACCGACAGUCCGGCCGCCGUGAGUGAAUCUGCCCCGCUUGUCGUUGCCUCCAACGCCACCCCCGAAGUGAUCUCCACUGAGGGUCCAGGAUCAUCUGCUCCAGCUGAGACGACCACAGCCCCAGUUGAGACGACCACAGCUCCAGUUGAGACGACCACAGCCCCAGCUGAGACGACCACGGCUCCAGCUGAGACAACCACAGCUCCUGCUGAGACAACCAUCAUCACGGAAACAACCACAGAAACGGCAUGGUCCGAGCUGCCCCUAGACCCGGAGUCCACCAUAUCAGUCAUUCCCGAGGACACUACCACCGAUGCUUCCUGGGAUCCCAACGCGCCUGUUGAGACAACUCUGUCUCCCGGCUCUGAUGGAAGCAACACAACAAUCGAUCCUAAUGCACCAUUGGACCCCAAUGCGCCCGAAGGAUCUACUGUUGAUCCUAACGCACCCAUCGAUCCCAAUGCUCCUCUGGACCCCAACGCACCAGAAGGGACAACCGCUGCUCCUGGAGAGGUAAACCCCAACGAUCCCGCUGGUUCGACUCCUGCUCCAGGAGUACCUGCUGAUCCCAACGCACCGCUGGAUCCCAAUGCUCCUCUGGACCCCACCGCACCAGAAGGAACAACCGCGGCUCCUGGAGAAAUAAACCCCAACGAUCCCGCUGGUUCCACUCCUGCUCCUGGAGCCCCUGCUGAUCCCAACGCACCGCUGGAUCCCAAUGCUCCCCUGGACCCCAACGCACCAGAAGGAACAACCGCUGCUCCUGGAGAGGUAAACCCCAACGAUCCCGCUGCUUCGACUGCCGCUCCUGGAUCUCCUGCUGACCCCAACGCACCCCUGGAUCCCAAUGCUCCUCUAGACCCUAACGCACCAGAAGGAUCAACCGCUGCUCCUGGCGAGGUAAACCCCAACGAUCCCGCUGCUUCGACAGCCGCUCCUGGAACUCCAGCGGAUCCCAACGCUCCCGCUGGUUCGACAGCCGCUCCUGGAGCUCCUGCCGAUCCCAACGCACCGCUGGAUCCCAAUGCUCCUCUGGACCCCAAUGCACCAGAAGGAACAACCGCUGCUCCUGGAGAAGUAAACCCCAACGAUCCCGCUGGUUCAACUCCUGCUCCUGGAGCCCCUGCUGAUCCCAACGCACCGCUGGAUCCCAAUGCUCCCCUGGACCCCAACGCACCAGAAGGAACAACCGCUGCUCCUGGAGAGGUAAACCCCAACGAUCCCGCUGCUUCGACUGCCGCUCCUGGAUCUCCUGCUGACCCCAACGCACCCCUGGAUCCCAAUGCUCCUCUGGACCCCAACGCACCAGAAGGAUCAACCGCUGCUCCUGGCGAGGUAAACCCCAACGAUCCCGCUGCUUCGACAGCCGCUCCUGGAACUCCAGCGGAUCCCAACGCUCCCGCUGGUUCGACAGCCGCUCCUGGAGCUCCUGCCGAUCCGAACGCACCCCUGGAUCCCAAUGCUCCUCUAGAUCCCAACGCUCCCGCUGGCUCGACAGCCGCUCCUGGAACUCCAGCAGAUCCCAACGCUCCCGCUGGUUCGACAGCCGCUCCUGGAGCUCCUGCCGAUCCCAACGCACCCCUGGAUCCCAAUGCUCCUCUAGAUCCCAACGCUCCCGCCGGUUCGACAGCCGCUCCUGGAACUCCAGCUGAUCCCAACGCUCCACUGGACCCUAAUGCUCCUCUGGACCCCAAUGCUCCUGUGGACCCUAACGCUCCCGCUGGUUCGACUGCCGCUCCUGGAGCUCCUGCCGAUCCCAACGCACCACUGGAUCCUAAUGCUCCUCUGGACCCCAAUGCUCCUCUGGAUCCCAACGCUCCCGCCGGUUCGACAGCCGCUCCUGGAACUCCAGCAGAUCCCAACGCUCCCGCUGGUUCGACAGCCGCUCCUGGAGCUCCUGCCGAUCCCAACGCACCCCUGGAUCCCAAUGCUCCUCUAGAUCCCAACGCUCCCGCCGGUUCGACAGCCGCUCCUGGAACUCCAGCUGAUCCCAACGCUCCUCUGGACCCUAAUGCUCCUCUGGACCCCAAUGCUCCUCUGGAUCCCAACGCUCCCGCCGGUUCGACAGCCGCUCCUGGAACUCCAGCAGAUCCCAACGCUCCCGCUGGUUCGACAGCCGCUCCUGGAGCUCCUGCCAAUCCCAACGCACCCCUGGAUCCCAAUGCUCCUCUAGAUCCCAACGCUCCCGCCGGUUCGACAGCCGCUCCUGGAACUCCAGCGGAUCCCAACACUCCCGCUGGUUCGACAGCCGCUCCUGGAGCUCCUGCCGAUCCCAACGCACCCCUGGAUCCCAAUUCUCCUCUAGAUCCCAACGCUCCCGCCGGUUCGACAGCCGCUCCUGGAACUCCAGCUGAUCCCAACGCUCCCGCUGGUUCGACAGCAGCUCCUGGAGCUCCUGCCGAUCCCAACGCUCCACUGGACCCUAAUGCUCCACUGGACCCUAAUGCUCCACUGGACCCUAAUGCUCCUCUGGACCCCAAUGCUCCUGUGGACCCUAACGCUCCCGCUGGUUCGACUGCCGCUCCUGGAGCUCCUGCCGAUCCCAACGCACCACUGGAUCCUAAUGCUCCUCUGGACCCCAAUGCUCCUCUGGAUCCCAACGCUCCCGCCAGUUCGACAGCCGCUCCUGGAACUCCAGCUGAUUCCAACGCUCCCGCUGGUUCAACUGCCGCUCCGGGUACUCCUGCCGAUCCCAACGCUCCCGCUGGUUCGACAGCUGCUCCUGGUACCCCUGCUGAUCCCAACGCUCCCGCUGGCUCGACUGCCGCUCCUGGCACUCCUGCUGAUCCCAACGCUCCCGCUGUUUCGACUGCUGCUCCUGGUACUCCUGCCGAUCCUAACGCUCCGGCUGUUUCGACUGCUGCUCCUGGUACCCCUGCCGAUCCCAACGCUCCCGCUGGUUCAACUGCCGCUCCUGGUACCCCUGCUGAUCCCAACGCUCCCGCUGGCUCGACUGCCGCUCCUGGCACUCCUGCUGAUCCCAACGCUCCCGCUGUUUCGACUGCUGCUCCUGGUACUCCUGCCGAUCCUAACGCUCCGGCUGUUUCGACUGCUGCUCCUGGUACCCCUGCUGAUCCCAACGCUCCCGCUGGCUCGACUGCCGCUCCUGGCACUCCUGCUGAUCCCAACGCUCCCGCUGUUUCGACUGCUGCUCCUGGUACUCCUGCCGAUCCUAACGCUCCGGCUGUUUCGACUGCUGCUCCUGGUACCCCUGCUGAUCCCAACGCUCCCGCUGGCUCGACUGCCGCUCCUGGCACUCCUGCUGAUCCCAACGCUCCCGCUGUUUCGACUGCUGCUCCUGGUACUCCUGCCGAUCCUAACGCUCCGGCUGUUUCGACUGCUGCUCCUGGUACCCCUGCUGAUCCCAACGCUCCCGCUGUCUCGACUGCCGCUCCUGGUACUCCUGCCGAUCCCAACGCUCCCCCUGUUUCAACUGCCGCUCCUGGUACCCCGGCUGCUCCUGGUACCCCGGCUGCUCCUGGUACCCCGGCUGCUCCUGGUGCUCCAGCAGUUCCCAACGCACCCGCUGUUUCGACUGCUGCUCCUGGUACUCCAGCUGAUCCUAACGCUCCGGCUGUUUCGACUGCCGAUUCUAUUCUGCCAGGCCAGACUCGACCAACUUUCCGCCCAAUUCCGCAGCUGCCGUUCUGGCCAUUGGGCCCACAUCGUCCAGGACAAACCGACAAGGCUGAAGGACCCAACAAUGGCAAUUCCCAGCCCACCUCUCCCAAUCGGCCACUUCCAUUCUGGCCGAACUGGCAGAACUGGGUAAACAGCUGGCGGACAACUCGUAAGCCAGUCACCGUUACUCAAGCCCCCGCUACCAGUCCGGAACCAGCGAGUCCCCAGCGACCAGAGAAGCCCAGCAACAAUAGCCCCGAAGCUGUCGAGAGCGUAGAGCAGGCUGCCCCUGCACCCCCAUCAGGUGGAGCUGCAUCCAGCGAGAACGCCUCUGUCGAAGAGAGCAACAAGGGAUCUGGCGAGAAACCAAAGGACAAGCCGAAGUCAGGCGAAGACCAGUCCAAGGAGCAGGAGCAGAAGAAGCCCAGCUCCGCUGAGAAGGACAGUUCCCGCGAAGAGAAGAAAGAACAGGAGAAGGAAAAGUCGAAAGAUUCCAAGGAGGAAAAGGAGGAAAAGGAAGAAAAGGACAGCGAGUCGAAGAAGUCCAAGGAUGAUGAGAAGAAUGACGAGGACAAGCUGAGCUCAAAGGAAAAGAAGAAGUACGUGAAGAACAUCAUCAAGAAACUGAAGAACGAGGAGGACUGCAACGAGGAGGACGUCUUCCCUGAUGUCCGUGACUGCAAGAAAUACUACCGCUGUGAGGUGAAGAGUUCCUCUGAGAAGCACAAGUUCGUGCACCUGCGCUGCGACAAAAAGAAGCGAUUCGACUGGCUGGAACAGAGCUGUGUGCCCAAGGACGAGGCUCGCUGCCUGGAGAAGUAAGGGAAUGUGAUCGACAUCUCCCUGGGCGGGGAAUCAAAUCUGUAUUAUCCACAUAAUAAUCUCAGCAUCAAUUGUAUUGGCAAUGAUAUUCUAUCUAUAAAUAGUCCUCUUUUCUAAUUUAUUGUACUAUAUAAAAAAUAAAUUUUCUUUCCAUCAAUAAA